CCCGUCAGUCUCCGCCCCCAAAUCCCACUGCCCACACAAUCAGAUCAUCAGAUAUCAUCAUCCACCAUGUCCCCCAGCACCAGCACCACCUCUCCCUGUAUCGCCAUCAUCGGCGGCGGCCCUAGCGGGCUCACGCUGGCGCGGAUCCUGCACCUCCACAACAUCCGCAGCGUGGUGUUCGAGCUCGACGCGUCCGAGUCGGCGCGGCAGCAAGGCGGCACUUUAGACCUGCACGCACACACGGGGCAGGCGGCGUUGCACGCCGCCGGGAUCUACCCCCAGUUCGAGAAGGUCAUGCGCUCCUCCGGCGAGGCGUUCCGUCUCGGCGACAAUAAGGGCCGCCUCGUUAUCGACCUCCCCGGCGAUGGCACAAGAAACGAGCCAGAGGUCGAUCGUGUCCAGUUAAGAAAGAUCCUGCUGCAGGCGCUGCCCGAGCAGGCCGUUCACUGGGGCGCAAAGGUCACCGAUGUCGUCCCCGCACCUGGCGGGAAGGGAUGGGCUGUGGAGUAUGCCGAUGCGGACGGCGCCCCCAAGAGCGAGACUUUUGAGCUCGUGGUGGGCGCGGACGGCGCAUGGUCGAAGGUGCGCCGGGUCCUGAUGGAUGCGCGGCCGCACUACUCGGGCGUCAGCGGCGUGGAGCUGUGUAUUACCGCCGUGGACGAGCGGCAGCCGGAGCUCUCGAAACUGGUGGGCAUGGGGAGCUACUUCUCGGUGCACAACGCCGCAGGGUUAUUCGUGCAGCGCAACGGCGACGGGAAUGUGCGCGUGUACGUGUAUGGCUUGACGCCCGAGGAGUGGGAGGAGACCUGCGGCGUCGACUUCAAUAACGCGGCCGAGGCGAAGGCCGCGGUGCUGGAGCAGUUCUUGGAGGAGUGGGAUGAUAAGCUGAAGGAUCUGGUGCGGCUGGCGGACGAUAAGGUCAUCUCCCGCAAGCUGUUCAUGCUCCCCGUUGGCAUCCGCUGGGAGGGGAAGGAGGGCGUCACGUUGAUGGGCGACGCCGCGCACCUCAUGACGCCGUUUGCAGGCGUCGGUGUCAACGUCGCCAUGUGGGAUGCGAUGACGCUCGGGGCGGCGAUUGUGGAGCACGGGGAGCAGGGACUGGCGGAGGCGGUGAAAGCGUACGAGGCGAAGAUGUUUCCGUUUGCGGAGGAGAACGCGAGGGAGACGUGGGUGAGCCUGGGAAUCACCUUCAACGAGGACGGGCUGGAGAGCAUCUUCCACAAGAUGCAGAAGGAGAUGAAGAUUCGAGCUGCGAACCAGUAGAUUAGACACGAAGAUAGAGCGUCCGAAAUGAUUAGAUAGAACAGAUACGACUCCACUCAUGUAUGCCCAAUGUAGACUAUCAUUGUACCCUGCGUGACCUAUUAUU